AUGUGAUCCAUCCGGUCCAGAGAAUACGUGCCAAAAACCUCCGAUCCGUGCCCGAAAACCCUCGGAGGGUUUGGCUAAGCGGCACCGGCGAUGGAGCUCUCAUUCGGGACGCAUCAAAUGGGUCGCAUCCUCGCUUCCCUUUCCAUCCUUCCGUUUCCACUUCAUCCUCAAGGCCGCGAAUUGAGGUCAGGGUUCCCAGAAUUCAGGGCUCUCCCUCCGCCUCUCUCGUUUCGUCUGGGGUCCCGACGCGGCCUGGAGCCUCUCAACCUGAAGGCGAAGCAGCGAGCGGCGCGAAGCGAACACCUCUCUCCGUGGGACGAUAAGCCGUACGAGUUGUUUCCAGGUGGGAAGAAAGUUUACCUCGACGAGCAGGACGUGUUGAGCUUCCUUGACCCGCCCAAGGAGCUCAUUCCCCUCGAUCCCACUUCCUACAACCCUGCAGCUUAUCUGUGGAAGAAAAUUGGGGAUAUUCCUGAAGAAAGGCGGCAUAACUUGUUGCGUACAGUUAAAGGAGGACUGAUAUCAAGGUUGUGGGAACUAGCUGGAACACGUUAUCAGGAUGCCAAAUUUGUAAAGCUAAGUGCAUCUCCCUUGUUAUCUCUUGGAAAUAAUUCCAAGGCACUGGAAAUUUGGAACUGCCGGGCAAGUGAAGCAGGAGGCUUGCCUGUUGGAUGGUUUCAUGACUUCAAAAAGGCUAUCUUCUUUGGCAAGGAUGGGCAUACAUAUGGACGAAUUGUUACAGGUGUGCUUUUCUCGUUUGGAUUGAAGAAAUUUCGUGCUCCUCUGUACUUCAAAGUGAGAGGAGUCAUGGAAGUGAUGUCAACAGAACAACCAUGCGACAUAGCCUAUGACUUUGGAGAUGGGCUUUUGGAUCCCUUGAUAAUCCCUCCUCGCUUCCCAAAACCAGCGGAGCAUCCAUGGCCGUUCAAUGAUCAUUUGGUUAUUUACCUACGCCAUGCUGGACCAGGAGUGGUGGUGGGGCAAGCAUGGCAAGAGGGGAAGGAUUUGGAGCAAGUGCCUAAAAAAUUAUACGGCGAGAUAUUAAUGGUCAAAGAUUUUUAUGCGACCGGAGAGGAGGAAGAAAACACUAAUUCUAAUUGAUCGAAUGGAUUUUGCAGUUCCCUUGGCGCUAUCAUCUUUCAGGAUCUCUCAAGGGACCAACCAAUUCAAAAAGCAAUUUGUUGAAGGUAGUUAUUAUAUUUCAUUACUAGUUGUUAGUGAUGGACUAUUAGGUUUGAUUCCUACCAUUCCUUUUUUGUUUUUUGAAAAAUGACAACUAUUUUAUUGUUAGUUUUAAUAUUUAUGUGGAUUAAUAGUUUUCUCUUUGGAACUAAAGGAUACACAUAUUCCUCUCGAUGUUGUUUGCUGUGUGUUAUUU